CGUCUUAUUGCGCGCAUUAAGCGCCGCAGUUUUGGCGCAGAAAGGAGCGCAGCGCUCUCAGAGGACAUUGAGGACAAAAAGAAGCGGAUCCGCCUGUUUUCAACCAGAAUUCAGCUUCACUUCGGGUUUCCAGGGGAUUUAAAGCCGAUCGGAGCGAACGGAACCUCAGGCCGAGGCUCCUUGUCGGUCCCCCCACUCACGGAGCCUCCUCUGGGGCCUCCAGCUGCGCUCCAACCCGCCGCGCGCCUCACGUGUCCGGGACUGUCUUCCUCACAUGACCCGGGUGUUUGUCCCCGUGAUCAGGGCCUCCAUCUCCGUCCAUCUGAGCUGCUGAAGUUUCUUCCAUCCUGGGAAGGCUUGAUGGAGAUGCUGGAUCAGAGCCUGGAGGGCUCAGUGAGUCACGCUAAACAGGAAACAGCGGAGGUGGUGCAGCUGCAGGAAGGAGAAGCUGUGGGGACGGACGAGCAGUCUGCAGUCACCAUCACCAGCGUCCCUCAGGCUGCGUUCGCAGACCACGGCGUUCAGUACCAGUUUCGGACGGAGAACAAUGGCGGACAGCAGGUGACCUAUCGGGUCGUCCAGGUAACGGAGGAUCACCUGGAAGCGGCGGGGGAUGGUGCCGUCAGCGUCGUCUCCGCCGCUGCGUUUGCCGGAGCUCCUCAGGCUGUGGCUCAGGCCGUGAUCCAGAACUCCUUCAGUAACGGAGGCAGUCCGGCCGCCGAGGCCGUCGGAGGAGAAACCCGGUUCGCUUACUUCCCCGCCACGGCCGUCAGCGAUGGAACGGCGGUGUCGGUGCAGGGUCCGGACCCGGCGAUCUCCCAGGCAGGAGGCCAGUUUUACGUGAUGAUGAGUCCCUCUGAGGUUCUGCAGACGGCGAGUCCUCGGACCAUCGCACCCAGAACACACACCUACACCACGAAGGUGGAGGGCCCGCGGGCCCCCAGGGAUGAGAGGCGGAGAGCUCAGCACAACGAAGUUGAGAGAAGAAGAAGAGACAAGAUCAACAACUGGAUCGUCACGUUGUCGAAGCUGAUCCCAGACUGCAGCCAGGACACCAGAACCGGAGCGAGCAAAGGAGGCAUCCUGUCCAAAGCCUGCGACUACAUCCGAGAGCUCCGUCAGAACAACCAGCGGCUGCAGGAGAGCUACAAGGAGCUGGAGCGGGUGGAGAUGGACAACGAGCUGCUGAGGCAACAGAUCGAGGAGCUGAAGAACGAGAACGCUCUGCUCCGCGCUCAGCUGCAGCAGCACGGCGUGGAGGUGGGCGGGGACGAAACGCCUCAGUGAGCGCCUCGGACGCGGCGGCCCAGAGGCUUCCAUCAGGAGAACGGCGCACGGCUCCGACCUUCUGCUUUAAAAAAAAAAAGACCUAAAGGAACAACAAAAAAAACUCCUCCUCUUCCUCGCCUCCGUGUCCGACUGAUAAAUUGACCUUUUUAUGUGUGAAGCUAUUAAAUGUGAGAAAUGAC